CUGGAUUUGUGGAUCAAAUGAAAUGACAUCACCACACGGUUCACACGGAUCUGACAGGGAAUCAUGGAGAGAAAUGAGAAAAGGCGGAAGAGCGUUGGUGAGAUGCUGCAAAGAGAGCAGGAGGAGGAAAAUGUGGGAGUUAUGGUUGUGAGCCUUGGACAAGAGGUGGAGGAUCAAGAGGAGCUGAAGAUCUCCAACAUUGAAGAUGAGGAGGAACAAGGAUGCAAUCCUCUUAUGCUCGCCUGUCAUAAAGGCAUGACUGAGGUGGUACAGCGGUUGCUGAGGAGCGGCUCUGAUAUGACCCUGUGUAACUGCAACCAGCAGACAGCGCUCCACCUAAGCCCCCCUGAGCUCCUGGGAAAAGUGUUGGGGUGGAUGUCGAGGCCUCAUCUGCACCCCCAGACACAACUGCUGCAGGCUGCCUGGCAGGGAGACCUGCACUCUUUACAGCACCUGUUGGCUCAGACAGACAAGGUGGAUGUGAAUAUUCCUAACAGCGACGGUGUGACAUCUGUGAUGCUCACUAUCAGAGACAUUGACCUGUUUGAGGGCAUGGCGACCCUGUUGCCAUGGGAACACAGACCUGUGGAAGUGGUCAAGGAACUGCUGAGGCUCUCUGCUGAUCUGCGGGUUCGAGACCACAGUGGCUGUUCUGCUCUCCACUAUGCUGCUAACAUCAACAGCCCUCUGAAGGAAGAGAUCAUUCAUAUGAUGGUUGAGGCCCUAAGUCACAAAGAUGCAAGCUCAGUGUCACCCCUGGCUCUGGGCAAAGACUUGGACUCAGAGCUUGAAGAUUUGGACCUAGAAUUGGACCUUGAGAGUCUUUAUACUGAUCAGUCGACAGCAGUCUCCCCCACUCAGACACCAACCUAUAACCACCGCUUUUUGCUGUACAGCCACACUGGGGAAGUGCUAGAGUCUCCAGGGUGUCUUACUCAAUCUGACCAUCAUAAAGGCUUCAGCCAAGAUAAGGGGAUCCCCCUCUGUUUCCAAAACGCCAUGGAAACACUGACAGACAUCAGGCAAGCCUACCAGGACGCAGGGAGGGGAAGCAGAGGAGGUUUGUCUUUGCCGAGCCUAAGCCACAGCAGCAGACGCUGGAGCCAUUUGGAUCCUCCUCCGUCAUCUGGCUUGCUGACUAUAAGGAGCCCCUGUCUGCCUGUACCCCCUACACACAGACAGAGAACAAGAAGUGUGGUUGCUGCGUCCCCAUCCUCCUCAGGCCUGCUGUCUGUGGCUGAGCCCAGCAAACUCAGCCAAUCAGCCCCCAGCAUCUUGGAACCACUACUGCGUUCAAACACUAUGAUCCAGGCCAGGGCACACAUCCAGAACCGUCUGGGUUCUCAUGAAACUACUAAUGAGCAAAAGUUGUCACGGGGUGUCUUGCCGGCUCUGCGUCCCAAUGCCGUUCCCCGGACACCCAAACUCUUGGCACCGCUGGACGGCAGGCCUAGAGACAGUGCUGCUCUGCCAGUACUAAAGCAUCGUGUUCCCCUAAAGCCUAUCAGCCAGAGCCCUCUUUGCUCCAGGACCCGGCUGAGGAGAGAGAGGUUGUCCUGGGGCAGCCCACGUAUUGGCCCUCUCACCACUAAGUGUGGCAGUGAGGAGAGCGGGUCCAGUAGCAGCAGCCAGAGUUCCAUCGAUCUGGAGGAUGAGGUUGAGGAAGAUGAGAAGGAUCUACACGAAAGAGCUUCAGAAGAUAGCCCUCUGAAGUUCAUCGGGGACAGGUUUUUGAAGCAUUCGAAAGAUGUGAGCCGCACUGAGGCAGACACUGACUGUGAGGUUGGAAAGACGGGGCAUUGUUUUAAAGUUCAGUCAAAGAUCGGUCAUAUAAGACCAAUCCACAGAUCAGCACAUAUCCAGAAUAGAGAGCCUAUCAAUCAUACAAAUGAUUCCCCCAGCACUGAAGAAGCUAUAAAUUCACACUGUGAUGACAAAGCCAACGAUAUUAAUGGUACAAAAGAGCCAGUUGACCGUCAGUCUUUUAUAAAAUGUAACUAUGCAAAACAAGAACACACUAUGAAUCAUACUAAAGACACUGUGAACAAUGAAAUACCUAUCACAUCAAAGUCAGAAAAGGAGGAAAAGAACAAUGUGGCCUGCACUGAGAUUGGCCAUGAAAUUAUAUUUAAUAUGAAUAAUGACCAGGGUGAUGCUAGUGGAUGCUCUGAAGGGAAUUACAGAAAUGAACUGCAGCAUGUAAAACAGGCAGAGAAAACAAUGGCGGAUUCAAUUGCCAAUAAAACUACAGCAGCACAUGAUCCAAAGGUAGAUAACCCAAUCCUUUGUAGUGCUGAGGGUGUAAAGUUAAAUACUAGGGCUGCUUUGGGGAAAACUCUAUUUUCCUGUACUCCAACUGUGAACCUUGCAAAGUCAAACAUGGAUCCUAAGAGAGGUGAGAUGAUGGUGAAAGUCUUAAAGCCUGUCUGGAACAAGGGGAGAGGAACCAGCAUUAACUGUGAACUAAGAGCUAAUACUCAAACCAACCAGUCCUUCAACAUACUAGCACACAAAGAUCGAAGCGUCUUAAAUAGAAAUAAGUCCAAAAACAAUCUGAAGUACUCCUCACUUUCCACACAAGUCAAAGAUAAAACCAGGAAAAGCCCUGAGCUAAUUAUUAGCAGAGAGGCCACAAUCACUUCAGUGAAAUCAAAGCUUAAAUCUGUUAAGGCUGCUCAUCCUAACUCUGACACCCCAUCACCACGAAAGAAGGUUAUUGAUUGUCCACAGAGCAAAAGAGCAAAUCCUGACAAGAUGAAGAACAACAGAGCACAACAGCACCCGACAGUAAGGGAGCUGAAGAGCGUCCGACAGUUGAAGAGACCCGGUGUAGCGGUGACACCAAGGUCUAAAUCUGCUGUGGACUUCAUCACAUACAAAGACAUGUUUCAGCAGAUCCAGAGUGGGGAUGAAGGACCAGCUAUCUAUGAGAUGUUUGCUGGUCCUAUCUAUGAUAAUCUUCGAGUUUCCAGCUCCUGUGAGAAAACAAAGGACAGACAAGUGCAGUCUGCUCCGUCUAGAAAGACACAACAGAACAGCCAUAAAGUCAAACACAGACCGUUGAAACAAACACAGAGUAAGCUGAGGAGAAGCCCCGGGGAGAGUAUGAUGGUUUCAGCUAAAAGCAAAGCAAAACCUGCGUCCUACAGGGUGAAACCUCACCUCACACCUGUAUCAAAGAAGGGCCUACACAAAAGGGAGAAUGUUCCUAAACUAGAGGCUGAGGUAGUUCUCAGCAAGGAUGGCGAGAUUUGUCGUAACAGUGCUCAAGAAAAGGCUGAUAGUCAUAUGUUAUCUACCAUAGAGGAGGCUCUUUCUAGAUAUGGGUCUGAAACAUUAAAAUCUAAUGAUAAAACAUUGACCAUGCCUAUAACUUCCUAUCAUGCUGACAGUUAUAGUCGCAUGCACAUGGAUAUGCAAGAAACAACAGUAAAUUCAGCAGACAUCAAAACUCAGACAGGAAACCCUAACCAACCGGUUCAUGAACCCGUGUUUCGUCAAAGCCCCCAACAGCUGAACAUCGACACUUGGACGUCUUCUAACAGCAGCCUCCACACCAUUAUGUCACCAGUUUAUCAGAGGUUUCUGGAUGAGGUGGGAGAUGGGCCACUCACAGAUGACCUGCUGCAAUGUCUGGCUGAGGAGCUGAUCUCAUUGGAUGAGAGAGAUGGAUCCACAGGUCCGUGUCCUGAAAACCUGGAGCUGAGCAAAAAUGAGUCCAAAACAGAAGACAAUCCUGUACUGGGGAGACAUAUGUACCCUGAGGUUACUUCUACAGACAGUGCUGCACUGCUUGGCUCUGGGUUGGUUGUAGAUGACACCAUCUCAUGGACAAAGGGUGAAGUACUUGGCAGGGGAGCCUAUGGGACGGUGUACUGUGGCCUGACCAGCCAGGGCCAGCUGAUAGCCGUGAAGCAGGUGAACUUACACGCCUCUGACCCAGAGGCUGCAAAGAGGGAGUACAGUCGUCUGCAGGGGGAAGUGGAGCUCCUUAAAACCCUUAGACACACCAACAUUGUGGGCUUCCUGGGGACAUCACUCUAUCAGCAUGUGGUUUCUAUCUUCAUGGAGUACAUCCCUGGAGGAUCCAUCGCCAGCAUCCUCCACAGAUUUGGUCCUCUGCCCGAGCGUGUUCUGGCUCUGUACACCCAUCAAAUCCUGGAAGGAGUGGCCUACCUUCACCUGAACAGGGUGAUUCAUCGUGAUCUGAAAGGAAACAAUGUCAUGCUGAUGCCCACUGGUAUCAUCAAACUCAUAGACUUUGGUUGUGCACGCCGCCUCAGCUGCCUAAACCACACUGCAAGCAACAGUGGAGACCUGCUCAAGUCUGUCCAUGGCACACCUUACUGGAUGGCACCAGAGGUUAUUAAUGAGACAGGGUAUGGCAGGAAGUCAGAUAUAUGGAGUGUGGGUUGCACAGUGUUUGAGAUGGCCACAGGGAAACCACCACUGGCACACAUGGACAAGAUGGCUGCCUUGUUCUAUAUUGGGGCUCAAAGAGGGUUGAUGCCCUCCUUGCCGGACACGUUCUCAGACAGCGCCAAGGACUUUGUAAAAAUCUGCUUGACAGGUGACCAGAGACUACGGCCAUCUGUGGGACAGCUGCUGAAGCACUCAUUCAUCCCCAAACAUGAGAUUGGAGUGAAGUCUUGGGAAACACAGAAAAAGAACUGUUGUAGUCACCCAGAUGGGCUGUGUGGUUAACAGGAGUUCCACCAUGAGGGACUCAGUUCAAAGGGACAUUUAAUGACUUAAUCUAGACCGCUGACUCCAAGCACAAAGUAUUCUUCUAUGACCCUCCGUGACCCUAGUGAUACAGCAGUAGUGUCAAUGACACUUCUGAACACAACACGAAGUAAAUCAAGGGUGUAAAAAAUUAACAUGAGAAGCACUUUAAUAUAUUUCACCUGGUACAUUAAUAUAACCUGCAAAAUUAGGAGAUAGAUGCCAGAUUUUAUACUAACUUUGGGUAUUUUCUGUCAUGAUUUGUGCCAAUCAUGUUUUUUAUUUCUAUAGUGUCACUCCAGGUCUUCGUCCUGUGUAAUAUAUGUGUUUUUGGUAAGAUCUGCUCCUAUUGCAGCAUACAUCAUUCUCAAUUAAGAGCAAUUGCUUAUGUUUAUCUACAUGUUUCAGUGCUGAGAAUGUGAACUACUUCCUUUUGGCGUCAACUGACAUGUUGCUGAGAGGGAUCAGUGUGUUAAAUCAUGUUUAGAAGACAUACAGCUGAUGACAGUUUUUUCCCAUUACUAGGUUAUUGCAGAGCAACAUCUC